UCCUGUGUUACAUGCUAGCUGUUAGUUGUCUUGCACAGCYCAGUUUAUUCAGUACAUUUCCAGAAAUGGAUGUAUUGGGAAAUUUAGAAGUCAGGUGGGCUCAGGGUUUGACAAGCCAAAAUGUUGAAUUUGUUGACAAGAAAACAGCCUGCUACAUUUGUGGGAAUUACAUCGUUUUCCUGAAUAUAGAGACGAACAUUAGAAGUGUGCUGCAGUGUCCUGGUCGAGGUAUUGGUGCCUUCACAGCAAAUGGACAUUGCAGGACACUUGCAUUCUCCAACCAUAAACUAAAUCCCUCCAUAUUUGUGUACAACUACCCUGAACUUAUUCUGAAGAAUGAACUGAAGGGAACAGCCCAUGUAGACUACACAUCUCUGGCACUAAGUGAUGCUGGUCCUUAUUUGGCCUGCUGCUCAUCAAUACCAGACCACACCAUAACAGUAUGGAACUGGGAAACUGGGGAUCCAAUUUGUAACCAACCACAAGCUGGAAAAGACAUCACCUCUUUGGUGUUUAACCCAAUGAACUGGCUCCAGAUUUGCUCUUUGAGUGCAUCAUCAUCCCUUACAGUUUGGAACAUUGAGAAGAGUGACAGCUUUCAUAUAAUGAAACCAGGUGUGAUAGAUCUCCCUGCGACUGAUGGCUGUCUGGUUGAGAGGGAGAUUAACCCCUCUCAUGUCCCCACUGGAAUACUCACCUACUUCGGACCUCAGAUGCCCACCUCAGCCAUCGCAGGGCUUGCAGAAGACAAGGCAGAAACCUUUGUGCCCAAAGAGUGCAUCAAGACCAGGCUAAGACCUAGCACCAUCUGCUGGACAGCCUCAUCAGAGCUCUAUGUGGGCUGUCAGGAAGGCCACCUACUGCAGGUUGACCCAGACUCUCURGCUGUCUCUGUCCUCUUCAACCCCUCAGCUGCAGAUGACAUUCCUGGGUUCCAGCAGGGUAGCUUCCAGAGCUUAGCCCUGCACAAGGAUGGACUCUUUGUGUCAGGAAAGGAGAAUGUGCUACGCUGCUUAAAAAUUAAGGGGAACCAAGUGGAGGUUACACAAACUUGGACAUUGGAGGAACCAGCCACAACCAUAAUAUAUUCUCCAGACUAUGAAACACUGCUCUUAGCUUCCAGUACAGGGCGCAUCUACAGGUAUAAACGAUCCCAGUGUGAGAAGGUGGUGAAAGUCCUGGACGUUCUCAGUGGAGACUUUGUGGCAGCAGCUUCACUGUACACUGAUAAUAACUUAUGUGUGUCAGUGAGGGACUCAGGAGAGUUGCAGCUCUGGUCUCUAGAUGCUGGCUUCUGCAUCGGCUCUAUAUCUCUUCAAGUAAAGGUGACCAGUUUGGCCUGCUGUCCGAUUGCUCAAUACGUUGCCGUGGGAACAGUGUCGGGGCAUGUCCUGUUCAUUGAGCUGACCAGGGAGCAGCAGCCUCGUCUGGUGCACAGUGUUCACCUCUACCACACUCCUGUGGACCACCUACUUUUUGAUCAAGGAGGAAACUUCCUUAUCACUGGUGCCUCGGAUGCAAAUAUAUAUGUGUUGAAUGCAAGGGCUUCCAGAGAAUUUGAGGUAAUCGGAUACACAGGUGCUAAAGGAGCCAUCGUGUCCCUCUCUACCCAGUACAGCCGGGACAUUAAGCAGGUCAAACUGCUGGCUCUGUGUGCUGGAGAGAAGGACAUAGGCCGAGGGGAGGGAAGUCUGCUUACACUGCUCACUCUGCCUGUGCAGGAGCUCAACAGAAUGGAAUUUGUGUACUGCUGUUGCUUUGCAGGGGCAGGAGUGUGUGCAGACCUGAGAGGAUGUCUUUCCAAUAAUGUCCUACAGCGGUGCACAUAUGAGGUCCCUCACGCACUCAGCUCCUCUGCCCUGGGAGCCAAUAAGAUCUUUGGCUACUGCCAAAAGAGAAAAGCUCUCCAGAGAUUCCAGCUACCUGAGAGCACAGAAUGGUCCUCUGACCAGGAAGUGGUCCAGUUGACCCCAGAGAAGGAGGUGGAGGGUCACCCUAUGGGCCCCGCCUCUGUCCUCCUGUCGCCCCACCAGUCUUGGCUGGCCUCKGUGGGCCAAGACGGACUGCUGCGCAUCCGAGAGAUCUCCAGUCUAGACCGGUAUGUUCAGAUGCAGUGCCACUCGUGUUGGCUGGGAGGGGUGAGGACAGUGUCCUUUACCUCAGACAGUCAGACAAUGAUCACUACAGGCCUGAAAGACGGCUCUAUGGUCUGUACAAGACUAAGGCUGAAAAUGGCAGGUGUUGGCAAAGCGAAUGCAGCUACACAGUACAGCCAGUCUAUAGCCAAAUACCAGGAGAGUGUGAUAACAUCAGAGAACCCUAUUCUCAGUAGGAUGGCUGACUGGGACCCAGAGGCCCUGUCCCCUCCUGGGUCUGCAGAUCUACACAGAGCAGAGGCCAAUGAUAAGCGACAGAUAGUUGAUGUGACGGAACAGGAUGAGAGCUCCACCAACCUGCCCUCAGCCACAGCCUCAGACUCCACCUGGCUGGACAACAAGCUGAAAGCGGUUAUCAAUGAGGAGAUACAGCAGUUUUCACAGACAAAGAAAAGCCUGAGGAAAAAUAUCAAACAAUUGCGUGACACAAUCCAGGCAAUGAUGCGUGAGAACGAGACGCUGCCUGACAUGGAGAAGCUGGAGCAGCAGGAGUUCAACCUGGAUGUAGAUGAGCAAAAGAGAUUGCAAGCCGAGGGGGAGCAGGAGGUCACCAGGGUCCGAAAUGAGAUUGAGUUGGAGAACCUAGCCAAGUGUUACCUGCGUGACGUCCUUAAGAGAGAAUGCUGGGAUUCCAUGAAGAUCAAAGGGCAAGCUAUCAAGGCCUUCCACACUGAACACGAGGUGAAGAACUACCCCAUGAAGGAGCGGACACAGCAGGAGCUGGAUGAACUUCAUAGAGUGGAGAGUAUGAGGAAGAUUGAACGGGCUGACAGUAAUCUCCAGCAGGAGAUUCUAGAGAAGAAUAGCAAGACCACGGCGGAAGAAGAGGAGGAGGAGGAAGGMCAUGAGAUGGAGAGUGCUUCCCUCACAGGUAGCCUCAGUGCCCAGUAUGGAGGCUCAAACCCCUACCUCUACAAUCAGUUCAACCUGCACAUCAGAGAGCAGAAGAUCAACCAGAUCACUUUGCUACAGGAUGUCAUCUACAAAGUGAAGACAGCCUUUAACACAGACUUUAAGGGGGUGCACAAGCAGAAGGAGCAGGAGAUUAACCGAGUGAAAGAUAAGAAUCGUCGCAUCAUGGAGAUCAUGUCAGAGCUGGACCUCAAGAGGAAGCUGUGGGAGCCCAGCCUGUCUGACAACGAGCGGCCAGAGAGGGCACUGUCUGUGGAGGACUCUGAGAUUCAUUUUGAAAAGUACCUCACCCCAGAGCAGAGAACAAAAGAGGAGGAGAAGAAGAAAGAGGAGGAACAAAGACGGCAGACGGCCAAGAGUGACAAUAUCAGAGAGCGAGCUCUGGAUGAAAUGAUGGGUGGAGUACUCGAGCUAAAAAAAGAGGACAUCUUGAGAGUGGAGGUGCCUCAGCCUGAGUUCAUUGUAUCCAAACCGGACAUUCAGUGGACAGAGGAAGAGAAAAAGAKUUAUAAAGAGUAUGAGAAGAAAGCCAAAGAACUGAGCGAGGAACAGGAGAAGUACAGAAAGACUCUGGAAGCUGAAAUGAAGAAACUACAGACGUCCAUCAUGGACUCCACUCAGGGGUUUGAUGAAACCUUGACCAAGCUCUUUGAGAGGAAGGUGAAAUCUGAGAUGGUUAUAUACCAGGAAGAGCUGAAGAUUACAAAUCUAGUUCACUCCAUUCUGAUAGAGGAGGAGGUUCUCAAUAGAGAGCGAGAACUCAGCCUCAAGCUAGAAAAAAACAGGGUCUACAAGAAUGAGAUUGGAGAAGAGCUUAAGAAGCACAAAGAGGAUGUAGAAAUGUUCCGGGAGACCUACGACAAUGUUGUGGCCGAGGACAAACUUCUCGACAGGGGUUUCAGGAAGGAGUUCUUUGAUGUCCCAGGCCAUGUUGUUGAUCAGCUGUACAAGCUAUACAAGCGCAGACCCAGGGUCCAGAGGAUGAGGACCCAGGCAGACAACAGUACCAGCCCCUUUAAAGAGCGGCCCCUGCCGGGCCCAGUGGCAGCAGAGGGUCUCUGUCAGAUGAUGAAGGCCAUGGAGGAGCUGGACGCUCCAGAGAACAUGCCUGAAAGCCUAGACUUGUCUGUGUGGGAGAGGUUCUGCCUGGCCCGCAGAGCCAAAGUUGAGAGUGAGCAGCAGGUGAAAGUUAAGGCUUUGACUCUGGCUGAAAUGCAGGCCUUUCUGCAGAAAAGGACCGAUGAGGAUGAGAGUGCAAGACUGGAAAUGAAAAGUCUCAUGGAUGACAUCAAUGGGCUACGAGAGGAGAAGAUGCGUUUCCGCCUGGACAUCAUGGUUCAGAUCUUGAUCAAGCAGGGCCAGGUGGAGAUGGAGAACGGAGACUUCAUUGCGGACUACUCUGACUCUCUGCUGCUCCAUAAGAGUGUGGUGGAGGACCUCAACGGGACCAUCAGAGCUCUAGGAGAGCAGAAGAUAGCCAGCAUGGUGGAGUGCAAGGACUUCCGUAAGGGCAUCAUCCAGCAGGAGUGGGAGCACAAGAGGAUGAGAAUGCAGAAGGAGGACCUGAACAACAAAGCCAGGGACAUUCAGAUGCUGCGAGUCUCUCAGGAGCUGCAGGAGUAUCUCAGUGAGACGGAUCAUGACAACCGCAUAUCAAAGCAGGUUUCAACUCUGGAGAAAACCAUAACAUUACAGGAAAAGACUCACCAAAAGAAUGUGCUGACUUGUAAGAAGUUGAUCAAGCAACUGAACAGACAGGCAGCARUGAAGGCAGCGAAGAAUUCUGCUCUGGAUGAGCAGCUGACCAACAUGCAAGUGACUGUGGCUGAGAGGAGGCACAUCUGUGAAGCCAUAGCCAUGGAGGAGAACCAUGAGAGUGAUGCAGAGGAGAGGUACCAGGAGAUCAUCCAGAGGAAGAAGCUGGUGGAUCUAGCCAGGACCCAGGCUGAGGAGGUGGCUACCCUCAGGGCAGAGGUGGAACGCAUGAGGAUGAAGUCCUUCCCCGCUCUCGCUCAGCUAAAACAUAACURACAAGAUUUAGGAAACACUUUAUUUACAUUUUUUUAACAAAACGUCACAAAC